AUGGACUUAGAAGAUCAUGAGCAUGAUCUAACUCUCUCACUCAGGUGUGGUAGUCCAGAGAGAAUAACGAUACAGUCUUCUCCAAUAACUACCCUUCCUCAAACAAACAUCUCCUUGGUGGAACUACAAAUGUCUUACCCUAAUUAUUUGGUUUCAUCUUCAAACUACAACAUUAACCCUUUCUUGGUGUCAUGUUCUAACCACAGCAUUACUCCUAAUUGGUUGGGGUCAUCUUCCAACCACAACCCUAACCCUUACCCUAACUUUCCAAGUGGUGGUGGUGCUGCUAAUAAUAAUUAUGUUGUGGAUGUAAAUGCUGCUCCUACGUCCGUUUUGACACGUCGCUCUCGUCGUGGCUCGUCUCAACGGUGGAGCCAAGGAAAGAGCGAAACAGUGCCUGCACCUUUCCCUUGGGCGACGGAUCGUCGGGCCACCGUGCACAACCGCAAAUAUCUAUUGCAAAACAAUGUUGUGGCCAUCAGCGGAAGGUUUGAAUGCAAGAGGUGCGAGAAGGAGUUCGAGGUGACGCUUGAUCUGGAGGAAAAAGUGAACGAGUUGCGGAAAUUCAUUGAGAAAGAAAGUGGGUCCAUGCAUGAUAGGGCCCCAGCGGCUUGGGUGAAUCCGGUGUUGUCCAAGUGUGUGCAUUGCGGAAAAGAAAAUAGCGCCAAACCCAUCCUUGGGGAUAAGAAAAGGGCAAUUAAUUGGUUGUUCUUGUUGCUGGGACAAAUUCUGGGUUUCUGCAACCUUGGUCAACUCAAAUAUUUCUGCAAGCACACCAACAACCAUCGAACUGGUGCCAAAGAUCGCCUUCUUUAUCUUGCCUACAUGACCAUCAGCAAACAGCUUGUUCCCGAGUGGUUCGAUUAG